AUGGUGACGUUGUAUGCGUUCGGCACCUACUCCGUACCACCUGGGCAACGAGUUACAAAUUUGAGUCACAGAAUGCCUCGUUCUGCGAAACCUCCAAUAAAAGCUGCUUGCUUAGCAUGCCGAACAUCGAAGACACGAUGUGAUGGUCAACAGCCAUGUGGAAGCUGCUCCGGAAGAAACAGAAAUUGCAAUUAUCAGCCAAGUCGCCGGGGUGGAGCUCGUAGAGGGGUCCAGUACGAACAGAUGCGUCGGUCAGCAGGCAACUCACUGCCCCCUUCCUCGUUGUCAGAUGUCACCGAUGGGAUUGAGCCUUUCCCCGAGAUGAGCCUGGUAACGCCAUUCGCCGGCAUCCACAAUCUCGAUCUAUCCCCCGAUUCUCUGUCCGCAGAUGAAGCCCACCAAAUAUGGGGCCAGCUUACCCCACACAGUGACAGUCCCUAUGAUUCAACAUCUUUAUCAUACACAGGUAUCCCAUUGAUACGAUCAUAUCAAUCUGAAGCAGAUAUCGCUAAUGCGUACUACCUCUACAUUCAUCCAUACUUACCUUUGCUACCACCGCCGACCGAACCACAGUAUGAAGACCGACCAAAAGUGAUCAGGGCAUUUGGAGAAUCUUCAGAGCCCGCGAAGUCAAAUCUGCCGUACUGGCCAGCAUCGUCUUUGAGCUUGGCUAUAUCUGCAAUGCUGGUUCUCAUUCCUGUCCCUGAAGACCAGUUCCCAACAGCAGACUUAUGUCUGACUUAUAGGCGUUCUUACGCUCAGAUAUUUGCGCAAGCAGCACUGACAGCAGUGGAAACUGAGAUUGACGAUUUGUCGCCUCCGCUGGCUUCCAACAUACCCGAAUCAGAGCGCUGCCGAGGCCCAGAAGCUCUACAUCCACGAGUCCCCGCGCGCAUUUACCCCGUGCUUGCUCUUGUGGCUUUGAGUGUCUAUGAGUACUGCCAGCGAGGUAAUGUGUCCCGGAUGCGGGCCCGGGGAAACCAGGCGAUGACAACUGCUAUGGAUAUAUCGAUCCAUAAUCUUGACGCCUCGGAAACAACUUUCUCUGAGGCCCAGAGACGAGCUUGGUGGAUGACGCCACCUAUCAUCUCAUCAGAUGAUCCACGAAUCACUACCCCAUAUCCGAAGUUUAACGUGUUCUUGGAGCCAUGGCCCAUGGUCAUGAAAUCACAAGAGGUUAUGUUUCAGACCAACAAAAUGGUUCAAAGCAUUGAACGUGCCAAUGUCGAAGUCGUUCCAUCUGAAUUUGGCGCUCAAAUACGCAAGCUUGACUCUCUUCUUGUGACAGUAAUGAGGGAAACCGAUCGCCAUACUCUCAUAACGUUCAAUGAAGAGCCCGAGGCAUCCGUAGCUCAGAUCAUGUGGAUGAUCAGCCGGAUGUUAAUUCAUGCUUCUCGCACCCGACUGCACCGCUUCCGAGCGUUUAUGGAUAUCCCUCUGUUCCUGGACCAAUACUGUGAUCUUGCAUCAAUAAACAGCCAGGGCGUUUCCCAUGAUAUGUCAAAGUCUAAAUGGGUUACGGAAUGUGAGGUCGCAUUUCCAUUCACCGAGCAAGAAUCUUCCAUGAUUUGUCUCAAAUCUUCUCUAGUGGUAUCCACGAUCUUUCGCACCUUGCCUUUCCCCUCAAUACCGGGUCAUACUUCUUCUAGUUCAAUCAGGUAUCCAAAGACUGUCCCUUAUUUCGCAUGCUCGGCCAUGCAAAGCAGUUACGCUCUUCUCAUGCUCCUGCAUCGAGUCCGUGCUUCUUUGGCAACAGACCGACUCGCCAACUGCUAUCACCUGCUCAAUGGACCGAGUCCGGAAUCCGAGAUUGCUGAUGCUGAGCGAUUAACGGAAGAGCUACGCCAUGGCGUGGAAACUUUGGCGAAGUCUUUGAAAUCAGACGUGAUAUUCGAGGGCGUAGGGGACAUGGGCCGUGAAAUUGAGGGCGCCUAUCAGGCUGCUUUUCCUAGCUGCUCCGAAAAUUAA